CUCUGCUCUUUCGCUCUAAGCUGCUGCAACCCUGUGCUCAGCGACACGUCAUACCCCUACGGUCCUGAACCGAACCUCUCAGAGAACGUUCAAAAGCGCUUAGCCAAAAGCGUGACUCCAUACAAUGCUGCAAAGCGCAGAAAGCGAAGCUGAUAUGUCUGUCAUUGCCAUGUUGUGGUCCUGCAUGAAUGAGGCCAUUUGGUUUGGUGCAGGUUUCCUUCUCUUCCGCUUGGCUUCGCGCUGCAAUCUCAUCCCUGCAAAGUUGGAGCCUUCAAAACUCUUUGCGCGAGACUUCAAGGGAAAGACGAGUUUUUCUCCGAAGUCAAGCCCUGCAGCGACGCGCUGCCCCUUCACCCGUGAGAUUUGUGAGGACGGUGACGCCGGUGAUCACAAAGCCGUGCUGUCAAAAUGGGACGAAUGGGCCGCAAAGGGCUGCACUGGCCGUGUCCCUGGAAGCCUUGAAGUGGCAGCCCUGGAAGCUGUGGUGGAAGCGAUGGCGAUCUUGGAUCCUGACCGGUUGAGGGACAUGGUGCAGUACCUGUUCGAGUUUUCCUUGGUGCGACCUGGCACAGUGCACUCCUUGGUCUCCAGCAUUUUGAAGGUCGGCCGCCCCGAGGUGGCAGAGAACUUCUUGGAGAUGUUGGAAGCAGACAAGCGAACACAGCGAAGCUUGUCCUCCACACUGAAACUUCGCAAGUUGAUUCUGGGAAAGUUUGCCGCUCACGGUAAAGUGGACAAGGUCAAGAGCAUCUUGAGCAAGUUGGAGGGUGAUGAAUAUGUGUCGGCUGCCAAUCUGGCGAUCCGUGGCUUCUUGGAAGGACGACACACGACGGUGGCUUUGCAACACUUGAACGAGCUCACCAAUGGCGGCAGCCAAGUGCAAGCGGCCACCGUCUCCGCAAUGCUGGCGUCCAGCAACAAGGACUUCCCCAUUUCCAACGUGCUUGAGGCUUUGCGAGGAAUAGAGCUGCCAGCUGAUGCUGCAGCUGCGGUGAUGGGGGCUUGCCUCAAGCGAGAGGACAUCGAGACUGCGCGAACUCUGGAGACUCGUUUGCGAGAACAUGGUCAGUUGUCCUUCGCCGUGCUGGAGCCCCUUUUGAAAUUAAUGGCGAAGCAUGAUGAAGCAAGUUCCUUCGGAUUGCUGCAGGAGAUGGUGGAUCGCAAAUUUUUCCUUUCUGAGGGCUUUUGCGGUUUGCUCCUCUCCCGCUGUGGUGAAGCUCAUCACAUACAAUUUGCAGAGGCUGUGCAGAAGUACCUCCGCGAGCGCAAGAUGACCAGCCUGGCCACUUACAAGACUUUGAUGAAGGUCUAUGCCACAAGCGACAAUUUGAGUCGUGCUUGCGAUCUAUACUAUGAUGUCAUUGAAGAUGGCAUCGUUCCCGACACUGUGAUGUACGGCUGCUUGGUGAAGUUUGCUGUGAAGUGUGGCCGGGAUGAUCUAUCUGAGCUCCUUUUCAAUGCCGCAUUGGAGAAGCCACAGGGAAACGAUGUUCAGAACUACAUGUGGCUCAUCCGAUCUGCAGGUCAGAAACAUGAUGUUCCCCGUGCUGUUGGUCUUCUGCGUAACUUGCAACAACAGGUAGAGUAUGUCGACGCCUCUGUGUACAACUGUGUCUUGGACGUUUGCAUGAACAACGCGGAGACGGAGCUGGCUGAAACGAUUUUCCAGGAGAUGGUUCAGAAGGAAGUUGUGACCUUGGUCACUUACAACACGCUUCUGAAAGGCCACUCUGCCCAGGGGAAAUUUGAACGAGCCAAGAUGCUGAUCCAAGAGAUGAAAGCAAAGGGCUUCUCACCGAAUGGCGCGUCCUUCAAUUGUCUCAUCAGCGCUGCUGUCUCGGCAGGUCGCUUUCAACAAGCCUGGACAUUCUAUGAGGACAUGUUAAACUGCAACAUCUCAGCAGACAGCUUCACCGUUUGCAUAUUGCUGAAGAUUGUUCGCAAGGCCCCACACCGACCAGAAGCUCAGCGUGCUCUGGCAGUGCUUGACAACUCCAAGGUGGACAUCUGCAAGGACGAGGUGCUUUUGAACAGUGUCCUGGACGCGUGCAUUCACCUCAAGGACAAUAGGCGCCUUGCGAGUGUUCUUCGCAAAUUCGAGCGGGCCACGCUGAAACCGUCAGUAACGAACUACGGACUUCUGAUCAAGGCCUACGCCUGCAUGAAGCAAAUAAACAAGUGCUGGACAAUUUGGCACGAGAUGACGGACAAGCAUCAGCGAGGUCUGAUUCCUUCUGAUGUUGCCCUCAGCUGCAUGUUGGACGCGAUAGUCACUUCGGGUCAGGUGGAAGAAGCAGUCCGCCUUUUCGAACAGUGGCAAACAGUGGUGCCUCCAAACACCAUCAUCUUCUCCAAUCUCAUCAAAGGAUUUGCAUCGCAGGGAGAUGCUGAAAGGGCUAUGAAGAUGUACGAAAGACUGAAGUCACAUGGUUUGACCAUGAACCUUGUGGCUUAUUCCACUCUCAUUGACGCGCAGGCUCGUGCUGGGAAUAUCGAGAAAGCUCACGCUUUGUUGGAACAAAUGGAGAAGGAUGGUGUGAAGCCAAACACCGUAACAUAUUCCUCCUUGGUGAAAGGGCACUGCCUCAAGGGUGACCUUGACGGAGCUUUGCAGGUCUUCCACAUGAUGGUGGCCAAAGGUGUCAAGGCGGACACGGUGAUGUACAAUACAAUCCUUGAUGGAGCAGUUCGUGCUAGCCGCUUUGCCCUCUGCGACCAGCUGAUUCAGGAAAUAUCACAGUCUGGCACAGAUGUCUCCAACUUUACUCUUUCGAUCAUGGUGAAGAUGUGGGGCAAGCGCAGGCAGCUGGAGAAAGCUUUUGCAGAAGUGAGAAAGUACAGCAAGGCAGGUACAAUGCAAUUGGACUCAAAGCUGUGCACAUGCCUCAUCAGCGCCUGCUUCCACAACGGAGCCCCAGAAAAGGCACUCCAGGCCUUGCAGGAGGUCAAGUCCUUGCCCAACUGCGAUGGACCGGAUGUCGGCACAUACGAACAGCUAAUUGAACAGCUGGUCAAGGUGCGGCAAAGCCAAGAGGCAGCGUGCGUAGCCUUGGAAGCCACGUCAUUGGCUGCGGACGGAAGCAUCAAGCCGUUAAGUGCUUCAGCGCGUGUCUCUCAGACUUUGAGUUUGGAUUUUCAGAUUUUUUUUUUUCGGUUCAGAAUUCACAGAAGGCUUCGCCAAUUGCAGCGGCACUUGGUACAGAGUGGUCACAGUCACCUCUGGAACAAGCUCAAGGACGAGUUGCAGGAUUCUCAGCUGCCAACUCCGUAGUCCUUGGCACUCGACGAUCUCCAAGAACGGUCGAUGCACAUACCAUUGCCAGCUUGACUUGGAACUGGCAUGAAAACGUGC